AAGCGGUGCCCCCCCGCGGCCGCCGCCGCCCUCCGGACCGUCCCCGGCUCGCCCGCGCCGCAGCGGGAGCAGCCGAGCGGAGCCCAGCGCGGGGAGGGCGCGAGGCCGCGCCGAGGAGGAAGAGGAUGGCAGGACUGAGUCCCCACCCAUGGACCUGGCUGCUGCUGGCAGUCCUGAUGACUGUCAGCUUCCCCGGGGAAAUGGCGAACCGCUGCAAGAGGGCCCAGGUGAAGAGCUGCACGGAGUGCAUCCGCGUGGACCGAGACUGCGCCUACUGUGUGGAUGAGAUGUUCAAGGAGCGGCGCUGCAACACCCAGGAAGAGCUGCUGGCUGCGGGCUGCCGGUGGGAGAGCGUGGUGGUCAUGAAGAGCAGCUUCACGAUCACAGAGGAGAUCGAGAUCAACAAGACCCUGCGGCGCAGCCAGGUGUCGCCCCAGGGGCUGCGGGCCCGGCUGCGGCCAGGCGAGGAGCAGCACUUUGAGCUGUUGGUGUUUGAGCCCAGGGAGAGCCCUAUGGACCUGUACAUCCUCAUGGACUUCUCCAACUCCAUGUCCGACGAUCUGGACAACCUCAAGCAGAUGGGGGAAAGGCUGGCCCAGGUCCUGAGCCAGCUCACCAACGACUACACCAUUGGAUUUGGAAAGUUUGUGGACAAAGUCAGCGUCCCUCAGACAGACAUGAGGCCUGAGAAGCUGAAGGAGCCCUGGCCCAACAGCGACCCCCCCUUCUCCUUCAAAAAUGUUAUCAGCCUGACAGAAAACUUGGAGGAGUUUCGGAAUAAACUGCUGGGAGAGCGGAUUUCAGGCAACCUGGACGCUCCCGAAGGAGGUUUUGAUGCCAUCCUGCAGGUGGCCGUGUGCACGAGGGACAUUGGCUGGCGCCCCGACAGCACCCACCUGCUGGUAUUCUCCACCGAGUCAGCUUUCCACUAUGAGGCCGAUGGUGCCAACGUGCUGGCUGGCAUCAUGAGCCGCAAUGAUGAGGCAUGCCACCUGGACACCUCGGGCACCUAUACCCAGUACAAGACACAGGACUAUCCAUCAGUACCCACCCUGGUGCGCCUGCUUGGCAAACACAACAUUAUCCCCAUCUUCGCCGUCACCAACUAUUCCUACAGCUAUUAUGAGAAGCUGCACACCUACUUCCCCGUCUCCUCGCUUGGGGUGCUGCAAGAGGACUCCUCCAACAUUGUGGAGCUGCUGGAGGAAGCCAUCAACCGCAUUCGUUCUAACCUGGACAUCCGGGCCCUGGAAAGUCCCCGAGGCCUGCGGACAGAGGUCACCUCCAGGAUGUUCCAAAAGACAAAUACCGGCUCCUUUCACAUCCAGCGUGGGGAAGUGGGCACAUACCAGGUGCAGCUGAGGGCCUUGGAAUUUGUGGAUGGGACUCACGUGUGCCAGUUGGGAGAGGAGGACCAGAAGGGCAACAUCCACCUGAAGCCCUCCUUCUCAGAUGGCCUCAGGAUGGAUGUGGGCAUCAUCUGUGACGUGUGCCCCUGUGAGCUGCAAAAAGAGGUGCUUUCAGCUCGCUGCAGCUACCACGGAGACUUCAUGUGUGGACACUGUGUGUGCAAUGAGGGCUGGAGUGGCAAGACCUGCAGCUGCUCCACUGGUUCACUGAGUGACAUAAAGCCCUGCCUGAGGGAGGGCGAAGACAAGCCGUGCUCUGGGCGUGGCGAGUGCCAAUGCAGCCACUGUGUGUGCUAUGGAGAAGGCCGCUAUGAGGGUCCAUUCUGCGAGUAUGACAACUUCCAGUGUCCCCGUGCCUCGGGGGUCCUCUGUAAUGACCGGGGACGGUGUUCCAUGGGCCAAUGUGUGUGUGAGGCUGGCUGGACAGGCUUGAGCUGUGACUGUCCUCUCAGCAAUGCCACCUGCAUCGACAGCAGUGGGGGCAUCUGUAAUGGGCGUGGCUACUGUGAGUGCGGCCGCUGUCACUGCAACCAGCACUCACUCUACACGGACACCACCUGUGAGAUCAACUACUCAGCGAUCCGCCUGGGCCUCUGUGAGGACCUGCGCUCCUGUGUGCAGUGCCAAGCCUGGGGCACCGGUGAGAAGAAGGGCCGCAAGUGCGAGGAGUGCAGCUUCAAGGUCAAGAUGGUGGACGAGCUUAAGAAAGGAGAGGAGGUGUUGGAGCACUGCUCCUUCCGGGAUGAGGAGGAUGACUGCACAUACAGCUAUACCGUGGAGGGCGACGGCACCCCGGGGCCCAACAGCACUGUCCUGGUGCACAAGAAGAAAGAGUGCCCACCCAGGUCCUUCUGGUGGCUCAUCCCUCUGCUCAUCUUCCUCCUGCUGCUCCUGGCACUGCUGUUGCUGCUCUGCUGGAAGUACUGUGCCUGCUGCAAGGCUUGCCUGGCACUUCUUCCUUGCUGCAACCGAGGUCACAUGGUGGGCUUCAAGGAGGACCACUACAUGCUGCGGGAGAACCUGAUGGCCUCCGACCACCUGGACACGCCCAUGCUACGCAGCGGGAACCUCAAGGGACGUGACAUGGUCAGAUGGAAAAUCACCAACAACGUGCAGCGGCCUGGCUUUGCCACCCACACCUCCAGCAUCAACCCCACAGAGCUGGUGCCCUAUGGGCUGUCCCUGCGCCUCGCCCGCCUAUGCACCGAGAACCUGCUAAAGCCUGGCACGCGAGAAUGUGACCAACUGCGCCAGGAGGUGGAGGAAAACCUGAAUGAGGUGUACAGACAGAUCACAGACACACACAAGAUCCAGCAGACCAAAUUCCGGCAGCAGCCCAACUCUGGGAAAAAGCAGGACCACACCAUUGUGGACACGGUGCUGACGGCGCCGCGCUCGGCCAAGCAGGCCCUGCUCAAGCUGACAGAGAAGCACGUGGAGCAGGGGGCUUUCCACGAGCUCAAGGUGGCCCCCGGCUACUACACCCUCACUGCAGACCAGGAUGCCCGGGGCAUGGUGGAGUUCCAGGAGGGCGUGGAGCUGGUAGACGUGCGGGUACCCCUCUUUAUCCGGCCCGAGGAUGACGAUGAGAAGCAGCUGCUGGUGGAGGCCAUCGACGUACCCAUGGGCACGGCCACCCUCGGGCGCCGCUUGGUAAACAUCACCAUCAUCAAGGAGCAAGCCAGCGGGAUAGUGUCCUUCGAGAAGCCCGAGUUCUUGGUCAGCGGCGGGGAGCAAGUGGCCCGCAUUCCUGUCGUCCGGCGCAUCCUGGACAGUGGCAAGUCCCAGGUCUCCUACCGCACACAGGAUAACACUGCACAAGGCAACCGGGACUACAUCCCCGCAGAGGGUGACCUACUCUUCCAACCUGGGGAGACCUGGAAGGAGCUGCAGGUGAAGCUCCUGGAGCUGCAGGAGAUGGAUGCCCUCCUGCGGGGCGGCCAGACCCGCCGCUUCCACAUUCAACUCAGCAACCCCAAGUUUGGGGCCCGCCUGGGCCAGCCCCACUUAGCCACCGUCGUCAUUGGGGAACGAGAUGAACUGGACAGGAACUUCACAAGCCAGAUGCUGUCAUCCUUCCCAUCCCAGCAUGGUGACCUGGGUGCCCCUCAGAACCCUAAUGCCAAGGCUGCCGGGUCCCGGAAAAUCCACUUCAACUGGCUGCCCCCUCCUGGCAAGCCAGCAGGGUACAGGGUGAAGUACUGGAUCCAGGGUGACUCUGAGUCCGAAGCCCACCUGCUUGACAGCAAAGUGCCCUCAGUGGAGCUCACCAACCUGUACCCAUAUUGCGACUAUGAGAUGAAGGUGUGCGCCUAUGGGGCCCAGGGCGAGGGCCCGUACAGCUCCUUGGUGUCCUGCCGCACGCAGCAGGAAGUGCCCAGCGAGCCAGGGCGGCUGGCCUUCAAUGUCGUCUCCUCUACGGUGACCCAGCUGAGCUGGGGUGAGCCAGCUGAGACCAACGGCGAGAUCACGGCCUACGAGGUCUGCUACGGCUUGGUCAACGAGGACAACCGACCCAUCGGGCCCAUGAAGAAGGUGUUGGUGGACAGUCCCAAGAAACGGAUGCUGCUCAUUGAGAACCUGCGGGAGUCCCAGCCAUACCGCUACACGGUGAAGGCGCGCAAUGGGGCAGGCUGGGGGCCCGAGCGGGAGGCCAUCAUCAACCUGGCCACCCAGCCCAAGCGGCCCAUGUCCAUCCCCAUCAUCCCGGACAUCCCCAUUGUGGACGCCCAGUGUGGGGAAGACUAUGAGAGCUUCCUCAUGUACAGUGAUGACGUUCUACGCUCCCCUACUGGCAGCCAGAGGCCUAGUGUCUCCGAUGACACUGAGCAUCUGGUGAACGGACGGAUGGACUUUGCCUUCCCGGGCAGCGCCAACUCCCUGCACAGGAUGACUGUGGCCAACACUGCCUAUGGGACCCACCUGAGCCCACACGUGUCCCACCGGGUGCUGAGUACAUCCUCCACCCUCACGCGGGACUACCACUCGCUGACCCGCACAGAACACUCCCACUCUGCCACGCUGCCCAGAGACUACUCCACCCUCACCUCCCUCUCCUCCCACAGCCUCCCUCCCAUCUGGGAAGAAGGGAGGAGCAGGCUUCCGCUGUCCUGGGCCCUGGGGCCCCUGAGUCGGGCCCAGAUGAAGGGGUUCCCUCCCUCUGGGAACUCACAAGACACUAUAAUCCUGGCUGGGCAGCCAGCAGCGCCCUUUCGGGGCCCAGACUCCCGCUUGGCCCCGAGUUUGCCCAACACACCCACCCGCCUGGUGUUCUCAGCACUGGGACCCACAUCUCUGAAAGUGAGCUGGCAGGAGCCACAGUGUGAGCAGGUGCUGCAGGGCUACAGCGUGGAGUACCAGCUGCUGAACGGCGGGGAGCUGUAUCGGCUCAACAUCCCUAACCCCAGCCAGACUUCAGUGGUGGUGGAAGACCUUCUGCCCAACCAUUCCUACCUGUUCCGCGUGCGGGCCCAGAGCCAGGAAGGCUGGGGCCCAGAACGCGAGGGCGUCAUCACCAUUGAGUCCCAGGUGCACCCCCAGAGUCCACUCUGCCCCCUGCCAGGCUCCCCCUUCACUUUGAGCACACCCAGUGCCCCAGGCCCACUGGUGUUUACUGCCCUGAGCCCAGACUCCCUGCAGUUGAGCUGGGAGCGGCCACGCAGGCCUGAAGGGAACAUCCUUGGCUACGUGGUGACCUGUGAGAUGGCUCAUGGAGGAGAACCAGCCACAUUCCUGGUGGAUGGGGACAGCCCCGAGAGCCGGCUGACCGUGCCAGGCCUCAGUGAGAACGUGCCCUACAAGUUCAAGGUACAGGCCAGGACCACCGAGGGUUGUGGGCCAGAGCGUGAGGGCAUCAUCACCAUUGAGUCCCAGGAUGGAGGCCCUUUCCCACAACUGGGCAGCCACCUCGGACUCGUCCAGCACCCACUGCCAGGCGAGUACAGCAGCAUCACCACCACCCAUACCAGUACAACCGAACCCUUCCUACUGGAUGGACUGACCCUGGGGUCCCAGCGCCUGGAAGCAAGUGGCUCCCUCACCCGCCACGUGACUCAGGAGUUUGUGAGCCGGACACUAACCACCAGUGGCACCCUCAGUACCCAGGUGGACCAGCAGUUCUUCCAGACCUGAUCCCCCACCACCACCCUUACCCAACAGUGUGCUGGAACCUGGGUCCCCACCCUGCCUCCUCUCCCUGGCUCUGCCUCAGCUACUCCAUCCUUGGAUCCCCCUCCCCCCGCAGCCCAGCGCACCCACAAUCGGAUCACAGGACCAGCACCUCGGGCUACAGAGCAGAGGGAAGGUGUCCUCUGGGGGGGUAUGAAGGAAGCAGAGGUCCCAGAAGGCCCUUCUGGCUGCAACUCCCCUACCCCAGGCCCCAGCCCAUUUGUGAGUAACCAAGGAGUGGGCACCAGUAUGACAAGGGCCCAGCUUUGUUUGGCACUUAAUAAAAGAUUUUGCUACGGC